AUUGUCGCCGCGAUUGCCCCUGCCGCUGAGACCGCCGCUGCGGCGUCCCCGCAGCCGCGCCCGCGUCGGGGCCAUCGUGGCCCCAAGGGGGGGCAUGGUGUCGGGGGUGGUGGGGGUGGUGGUGGUGGUGGUGGUGGUGGUGGUGGUGGUGGUGGUGGUGGUGGUGGUGGUGGUGGUGGUGGUGGUGGUGGUGGUGGUGGUGGUGGUGGUGGUGGUGGUGGUGGUGCUGCUGCUGCUUGGUGGCGGGGACAAUGGGUCCGACGAGGGGAUCGGGGCUGAGUUCGCAAACACAUCGUACUCCUUAUCCCUGCCCAUCCCCAUCCCCCUCUCGCUGCCUGUCCAGCCCUCGGCGCGAUACCAACCCAAGUCCCUUCAGACAAGAGCCUCCAUGGAGAUCGGAGUAUGGGGCCAGUUUUAGUGGUUGGAGAGAUGAGAAUGGGGAGAGGGAGACAGCUUUGGAACAAAGAGAGGGUUGCGACGGAGUAGCACUGCAGCUGGGAGGCAUAGGCG